AAAAUAAAUCAAAUUACCAUAUAAUUCCUUUUUCUUUUAGGAGAAAUCCCAUUAGUAAAACUUUACCACGGAUUUCCCUCUUUCUUUUUUCCUAAACCACAUAAGAAAAGGAUAUUCAUUAAGUAACUUUAUUUAAAUACUCCUAUAAUAAUUCUGGCUAUACAGUUAAUUUCUGAAGAACUCUCCGUCAAAACCCUUUCUCUUUUGUCACCGGCUUGAGUUGUCUCUGCAUAUCUCUACUCUUUGGUCGAUAGAAACAACAUGUUGACAGAUUCAAAAGAAUCUUUGCCCGUUGGUGACCUUGAACUCGAUCGUCUUGUUGACAUUGCCAACAAGGCGGUUGAUGCUGCUGGAGAAAUCAUUUUAAAGCACUAUUUGGCUCGGGGCAAUGUCUUCAAGGUUCCCGAUGCUACUAACAUUCCAUCAUGGACAAAUAUUGCUUCUGAAGCAGAGAAGGCUAUGAUCUCACUUAUCCUAAAAGAUUUCCCUUGCCACGCUGUGUGUGGGAAACAAGUUGGAUGGAGCAAUUGCAGUGGGACCACAGUUCCCGAGUUUGUUUGGGUUUUCGACCUUACUAAUGGUGUAGAAGAGCGGCUCUUGCCUACAUUUGGCAUGUCGAUAGCUGUAGUUCACAAUGGUAAACCGGUAAUUGGUUGCAUUAAUAAUCCCAUUACAGGGAUCAAAACCGUUGGAAGGAGGGGAAAGACUACUAGAAACGGAGACCUUGUGAGGACACGAGCAAGUGAACACCUAGAGCAAGCAUAUGUUGACAUCAAGGACCCUGGUUACAACAAAGAAGCCAAAUACGCGUACAACAGGUUGGCAUACAAGGUUGGAGAAACUUUCUUCAACGGCAACUGCAUUGCUUACUCUGAGUUAGCUGCUGGUAUGUUGCAAGUCGUUGUCGAUUGUGCUGUCGAGCCCUAUGGUCUUCUUGGAUUAGUUCCUAUUGUGGAGGGUGCUGGAGGAAUCAUAACUGAUUGGCAAGGGAAUCAACUUUCUUGGCAGCCUUCUCCGGGGUCUUCCAUUCCGCGAGAUGGUUUCAAGGUUGUUGCUGCUUCUGAUUUGACAACUCACCAACAGAUUAUUUCUGAACUAUCAUAGUAGUUUGAUUAGUUACAGUUCUAUUCAAGUAUUAUCUUUUUCCAAUUAGUUCUAUGGUUUUUUUGUUCAUGAAGUAGGCUGGAUGUGUAGAGAAAGCUAGUUAAGUACUCUUUUUUUUUUUCCCAAGUUAAGUACUCAUUGUGAGUUUCACUAACAAAAUGAAACAUCAUUCAUGGUGUGAUUAUACAGCCUGUUUAAGACAAAAUGCUACUACCAA